CUGUUACACACAAAUAGAUCUCAUUUUCCAGUUGAAUUUUGUUCAGAUUUGUUGUUUACAUUUGAUUCGUUUGUACAUUGCGUCUUUUAUAUUUUGCAUUUCGGCUUUCGUCAUGUGGAUGAAACGUUCCGCGGCAAUGGGCCAGGUCACACAGCGCAACUUUCUGCGCGAGAACAAGCUCCUGGUACGUCAGACGCCGAUGAUGACGCUGCGGCGACUCGAUAGGGACCGGCACCGGGACCAGGAACGGGAGCGGGAACGGGAACGGGAACAGUGGCACUGGCCGCCGGCAAGCUAUGAACUGCCGACAGCUGCAUCGCUGGCGCAUCGAUCGGGCACGCUGCCGCUGGUCGAGACGCAGCGGCGCCUGAUCCAUGGCGGACGCCAGGGCCGAGCUUUUUACGGUGUCGGGCAACGAUCGGAGAAGCAAAUACAAACGGAGGAUAUUAGCGAUGAGCAGUUCCUGAACGCAGCGCUGCUCAAGUGCACGGAGCAGGCACAUGGACAGGGUGCGUCACGAUCCAUGCGCGGCUGCAGCGAGGGAGACGAGCUGCCCGUGCCGAGCCCCGUGGCCUGUGACCAAACUAAUGCCAGCUGCCUGCGACGCACUGCAUCCAAUUUCGAGCUGGGCACAGUGCCCGCGCAACGCGGCAACCAGUCCAUGAAGCACCUCCAACAUAGACCGCUCAGCGGCGUGGUGGACACUGUGCCCGCUCAAUUGGAACAGCUGCAUCAAUUGGAUCACUUGGAGCAUGUUGAGGAUCAGCCAGCCGAUGGGGGCGAUAGCCUAUCGAAUGAUGCACGGCCUUCCGCGCCGCCUGUGUUGCAGCUGGCCAUACCGGACAUAACGGACGUGGAGCCGGAGCCGCAGCUCGAUCAGUCUUUGAGUGCACGGACCAAUGUCUCCUGCCACUCGCAGACUGAGCCAACCCCAGCCAGCGAAGCGCUGCAGCCGAUCAAGCCAGACCAGAACGUGCGCAAGCUGGGAUCAGGCCAGGAGCAGGUACUGUUAACGGAGGCACAGCGAAUCGCACUGCUGGAAGCGGCGCAGGCGCGCCACCGGGAGCUCAUCUGGGAAUACAAUCGGCUGCCCAUUUCGAUGGGUACGCUGCGUGUGCGGAAUCUCAAAAUACAGCUGGAGCAGCAGCUGGACCUCAUCGACAGCGACCUGACCAUGCUGAACCUGCCACAGGUGUAUAUCAGGCGCGACCAGCUACAGCAAAUCUCUAGUAUCUCGUGUUAAUGCCUAAUAAUUGUUGUUUCCUCGAGCAAUCAUGGUUUGAUUUUAAAUCGAUUGGCCGAUCGGCUGCUCCGUGCAAAAUCAAAGCAUGAUGUAAGAGGUCGAUUACAUAUUUGCAAUAUAUAUAUAGAUAUAUGUA